AUGGAGUCCGUCGUCGAGCAGCCUGAUCAAACAAGCCAAGACACCGCCAUGCCAGCAGACCAUGACGCCGUUACACCUGCUGCCAAGCUGAAAGAGUACCUGCUGGAGAAUCUGCCAGAGACCAGGGAUGCUUUCGCGCUGAGAGAGAAAGGUUGGAAGAGCAACAAGGGAGACGAACACUUCAACAGGCAACGAAAAAGGGCCGACAACGCCAGCGAGAAGAGUCAUCUGGCAUUAUACAAGCUCAUGAUAGGCCUUGGAUUCCAGAUAAACAAAGCUACAUCGGCUUUCAAUGUACAGAGAGGCCGAGACCAUCGCUCCCCCAGGACCCCUGCGGUGCUGGAUCUCUGUACAGCACCCGGCGGCUUCGCAUGUGUGGCCCUUAAACUGAACCCGAAGGCCAUUGUGUACGGCAUCACUUUGCCCGAGGACGAGGGAGGCCAUAAGAUGCGCGUGCUCGAUGAAGGCCCAAAGCUUGCAUCCCGCGUCAACAUCGAGUUCCUCGACAUCACCAUGCUCGCCUCAGAAAUGGGCUGUAGUCCCGACGAAAUCCCGGCAGACCACCCGGACGCGGCCGAGUUCUCCUCGGAUCGCCCCUUUGCCGACCUCAAGUUCGACCUCGUAUUCUGCGACGGCCAGGUCCUGCCGAACCAGGAGCGCAGCGCCUACCGAGAGGGCGGUGAGGCCGCGCGCUUGACGGCGUCGCAGCUCGUCACGGCUCUGCAGAGGAUACGGACCGGCGGCACAAUCGUCGCCCUCAUGCAUCAGGUAGACGCCCUGCGCAGCUUCUGCACGCUGAGCUACUUUGCGUCCUUUUCUGAGCUGAAACUCUUCAAGUCCGCCAAGACACACGCCACGCGGUCCUCCUUUUACCUCGUUGCCACCAAAGUCCGCCCUUGCUCUGAGGGCGCCCGGCUGGCCAUCGAGGAGUGGAAGGGUGCUUGGAAGUCGGCCACUCUCGAUGCUGUCCAGGGCCAUCAUAAGACGAUCUAUAGUGGGCUGUCCUUGGAGCAGUUUGACAAGAUGCUGAAAGAUUUCGGUCCCCAAUACCUCGAGAUGGCCCGUCCAAUCCUGGCCAUUCAGGCCGAAGCCCUGCGGAACGCACCGUGGAUGAACUAG